CGUGUUAUGUAUGAUUUUGCUGCUGAGCCUGGAAACAACGAGCUGACUGUCAGUGAAGGGGAGAUCAUCGUAAUUACCAACCCGGAUGUCGGUGGAGGCUGGUUAGAAGGAAAAAACAGCCAAGGCGAGAGAGGACUUGUUCCAACAGAUUAUGUUGAGAUUAUAACCGAAGGUGCAAAAGAUGGAAUUAGCUGCGGUAACUCAUUAGCUGACCAAGCCUUUUUUGAUUCCCUUUCUUCAAAUACAGCUCAGACCAACUCUGCUGCAAAAAGCAGUAAUCAGGCAAACAAUGCCAGUGAUCCUUGGUCCAGCUGGAACGUUGGGAAGUCUGGGAACUGGGAUAAUGGAAAUGCUGUUGACAGCUGGGCAACGAAACCUGAAAGUGCAGCUGGCCAGAGAAACAGUGCUUCAAAUAACUGGGAGACAGCAGCAGCAUUUGGUCAUCCACAGGCAUAUCAAGGACCAGCAGCUGCUGAUGACGAUGAUUGGGAUGAUGACUGGGAUGACCCAAAAUCAACUUCACCGUCUUAUCUUGGUUACAAGGAGACUGAGGCAUCAGAAGCUGGGGGGGUCCAGCGUGGAAAUUCUCGUGCAGCUGCUAUGAAGUUACCACUUAACAAAUUUCCUGGAUUUGCAAAACCUGGGAUGGAACAGUAUCUGUUGGCAAAGCAGCUAGCAAAACCCAAAGAGAAAAUUCCCAUAAUUAUUGGUGAUUAUGGCCCAAUGUGGGUUUAUCCUACCUCUACAUUUGACUGUGUGGUGGCAGAUCCCAAAAAAGGUUCUAAAAUGUAUGGUCUGAAGAGCUACAUUGAAUAUCAGCUGACCUGCACUAACACUAAUCGGUCUGUCAACCACAGAUACAAGCACUUUGACUGGUUGUAUGAGCGUCUUCUGGUUAAAUUUGGAUUAGCCAUUCCAAUCCCAUCUCUUCCAGACAAGCAAGUAACAGGGCGCUUUGAAGAAGAAUUUAUCAAAAUGCGUAUGGAGAGACUGCAAGCUUGGAUGACGAGGAUGUGUCGCCAUCCUGUUGUCUCAGAAAGUGAAGUUUUCCAGCAGUUUCUCAAUUUCCGAGAUGAGAAGGAGUGGAAAACUGGAAAGCGGAAGGCAGAAAAAGAUGAAACUGUAGGAGUCCUGAUCUUUUCUACAAUGGAACCAGAAGCUCCUGACUUGGACAUGGUAGAAAUAGAACAGAAGUGUGAUGCAGUGGGUAGGUUCACCAAAGCAAUGGAUGAUGGAGUUAAAGAGCUGCUGACAGUGGGACAAGAGCACUGGAAGAGGUGUACAGGGCCACUACCCAAGGAAUACCAGAAGAUAGGAAAAGCAUUGCAGAGCCUGGCACUGGUCUUCAGCACCAGUGGAUACCAAGGAGAAUCUGAUCUCAAUGGAGCAAUAACAGAAGCAGGAAAAACCUAUGAAGAAAUCGCCAGUCUUGUAGCAGAUCAGCCGAAGAAAGAUCUUCACUUUUUGAUGGAAACAAAUCAUGAAUAUAAGGGAUUUCUUGGUUGCUUCCCUGACAUCAUAGCAGCUCAUAAGGGAGCAAUAGAAAAAGUGAAGGAAAGUGAUAAAUUAGUUGCAACCAGUAAAAUAACGCCACAAGACAAACAGAACAUGGUGAAACGUGUGAGCACCAUGGCUUAUGCACUACAAGCUGAGAUGAAUCACUUCCACAGUAACCGGAUUUAUGACUACAACAGUGUCAUUCGUCUGUAUCUGGAGCAGCAGGCACAGUUUUAUGAAACGAUUGCACAGAAGCUGAGGCAGGCACUCAGCCGCUUUCCUGUGAUGUAGAGAAUAAGGAGUAGUCAACAAUAAAGAACAACUCUGAAGUGCUUUUCUGAUUUCGGGGCAAUGCCAAUAAAAACUUGUUAGCCUUUGCCAGCCAAAAAACCCACCAAAAAAACCCCCAACAACAGCAAAAAUCAGUUGUAGGAAAAAAAAAAAAGAAUUAUUUAAAAUUUUACUUCAUCGGCCUAAAUCAUAAGAUUAGGGUUCUCUUACUUUGAAUGCUCUCCCAUUUGUAACAUUAUUUAAAUAAAAACAGCUACAUAAUGCUGUCAGUUUAGGGAUCUAAAUUAUCAAACCGAUACGUUGCCGUGGACUUCAUGCAGACUUGCGUCUAUUAGAUGUUCUUCCAAAAACUCUUAAUCAACAUCAGAGUUACAAAUUUAUAUCUUUUUUUAAAGAGGGAAAGCAGACAAGCUUGAGAAGAUGACUUUAAUACUCAUUAUAUUCAAUUCAGCUCUCUAGAGAUUCAGUAGCCAGGAGGAAUUAUAUUCGUAUAUGUUUCUGGUACAUGUUCGUGAUAGUCUCCUGAAUGAACACGUUGUUCUAAGUUUUGCUUCCCAUACGCAGCCAUGGCAUACCGCUCCCAUUAUGACUUCUGGUAAAUAUCAUUCAUUCUUUUUUAUCUUCUAACUAAAUCUCGUACUUGUGGCACAACACCUCAGAGCUUAUGUCAGGCUCUCUUUCUCGCUAUGCACUGUAUAAAAAGACAAACAAGGAAAGAGCCAUUCAGGAAGGUGUGAAAAACAGUUUUCCGUACCAGCACUUUGAUGCCUGCCCGACGUUAUGCCAUAAGGCACUGGUGUUCCUCAGUGCUGUACAGGGCCAGCUCCCCUUUUACCCCUCUGAGAGUUUGAAGUGUUUCAGCAGAGGGGACACCGCCACAUCUAACCCAAACUAGUAGAAGUCCCCAAAUUCCAGCUAAGCUCAGGUCUUCAUGUAGUAGUAUGGUAUCCUAUUGGCUUGGGUUUACUUUUUGUUACCUUCUAAUGCAAACUAAAAGGUGACAAAAGUACUG